AUGGUCAAGCGCGCCUUCCCCUCGGUGCGCUCGCGCCGACUUGCUGUGAAGGGCACCACCAAGCAGUUCUACAUCGGCAUCCGACCACUCUUCACCUCUUCUUCUUCAUCUUUAUCUUCAUCGCACACAUCACCAUCGACAUCACCAUCACCUAGUUCGUCGUCACCAGCUUCGUCUUGGUCGCCGUGGUCCGGCUCGACCAGCCCGCCCGUGGCCAACUCGACGCCGCCUUCCUCUUGGGAGCGCUCAACCGAGAGGUGGGGCGAAGUCGGGGACUGCACGACGAGAAACUGGAUCCCGCGCUUGCCUGCAACCCGACCCCCCGCGGCGCGUUAG